GGCCGCCGGCUGCUGGAGGGAGCUCGGCCCCAGCUCCCGGCGCAAACGGGCCUCUGACCGGGGCCACGGUUUGACCUGCGUGGGCUUCGCCCCUCACAGCGGUGCGGAGCGGCCGCCCCCGGCGCCGGGGUCCACGAAGUUUCCCGUACGGCCCCGGCCCACAGCGGCAACUGAGGAGGCGGCACGGCAACAGGCCCUGCCCCGCCAGAGCCAGGGUGCUGCGGGAGGGAGGGAAGGAGAAAGAGAGAGAGGGAGGGCGAGCGGGCGACCGGCCGCGCGUUACCUCAGCUGGGCGGUGGCUGUGGCCGUGCCGGAGCCACCACACCACGGCGCCGACCGCCACCUCCUCCCGCAGCAGCAGCUCCAAAACCGCCGCCAUUCCGGCCCUGCCGCCGCCGAGCACGCGCACACCCGGGGGCGGGGCGGAGCCGGCGGCGGGCGAGCGAGCGAGGGGCGGGGCGACGCGGGGAUUCCCGCCGGGGAGGCGGGGCCGGCGCGGGCCGGGCCCGGGGCCGGGCCCCCUCCCCAUGUCAACACGCGGGGCAUGGGGCGCCUGCGCCGGCCCGUGCGCGUCUUUUCCUCUCAUGCGCGGUAUUUGCUUCCCCAGCAGGGCCCGGGGCCCGGCCUAGCGGCGGCGGCGCCCGCGGGCCGGGGCGGGGGAAGGGGCAGCGGCAGCGGCGCCCCCCGCGGCUCCGCGCCCGCCCGCCCGCCGGCGCUGGGCGGGGGCCGCCCCGGCCCCCCGCGGCGGAGGAUGGCCGAGGACUCGCCGAAGCGGCGCAAGGCGAAUUUCAACGAGGCGGAGACGGAGGUGCUGAUCGAGCAGGUGCUGAAGCACGAGCAGCUGCUGUUCGCGGCGGGGCCGGGCCGCGCCUCCCCGGGCCAGAAGCGGAAGGUGUGGGAGCUGAUCCGGCACAAGGUGAACCCGGUGGCCGCCUGCCCCCGCGAUGUGGAGGACCUGAAGAAGCGCUGGCGGGACCUGAAGCGCCGCGACCGCAGCAAGCUCUGCCGUCUCUCGCAGGGCUGCGGGCCGCCGGGCCCCCCCGCCGCCCUCGGCCUCCUCCUGGCCCCCGAGGACGUGCCGCCCGCCGCCGCGCCGCCCGGCCGCCGCCGCCUCCACCACCGCGGCUACGGCACCCUGCUGCCCGCCGAGGCCGUGCCCAUCGUGGGCGGCAUCGACACGCUGGAGCUGCCCGGCGCCGUCGUGGGGGAGAUGGGGUUUAAUGAUGAUCCUGGCCCAUCUCAUCAAUCCCGUCUUGAGAAGAUAAAUCUCAAAGAAGAAAUAGUAGUGAAGGUGGUAGAGCCAGAAGAAAGCUCUGAGGACAUGGCAGUGGUUCCACCUAGCCAAGAACAACUACCUUUUCUGGGGACAUCGGGUGAUGGUUCCUCUGGGAAGGUAAAAGCCAAGACAAAAGGCAGGUUCCAGGCAGACCAAAAUGAAGUAACUGAAGAAGACCUGUUGCAGAUUCAGCAGGCCCAGAUGCAGGUGAUCCAGUCUGGCUUUGACAGCGUCAACCACAAUCUUCGGCUGCUGCAGCAAGGCAUGCAAGAUCUGAGUAACAGCCUCAGCAUCAUGGCACACACACUUGUUGCUAUCAAAAACGUCUAUGUGAAAAACAACACUGGCCCGACCACGUAUGCCACCGCCUCUACUCAGACCACAGCUGGGUACCUGAGCCCGGGUUCCCCCCAGGUCUCCCCCACUGAGGACAGAGGCAGAGCACAGGUGGCUGGAAGCAGCAGCAGAAGCAGCAGCUGCAGCUCCAGCUCCAUGUCACAAGAACCGGGUCCUUCCGAGUUUCCUAGGCCCCCCCUGAGAACCAUUAAGAAAGAACAUCCAAAUGGCUGCUACUACUUCUGCUUUGCAGAUGUGUAAAAACUUGAAUAUAUGUAAAGUGACUGUGUUGUUAGGUGCUGUCGUAUGUUCUGCUCCAGCCUGUGACUUCAAAGGAGCAAAGUGGACUUGCCUCCCAUGUUUUUCCCAGUGGGAAACAUUUCACUGAAGGUGGCAUUAAACACUAAUUACCAGUCUACUGUUUGUUAAUAAUUUUCUUCUGUUCUCUUUGUCCUCUUACUCCCUUAAAAAAAAAGGCAGAUUUAUUUUGAUUAA